UCAACUCCCGCGCUUGCGCACUGAGGGCGGCCUGGUCGUCGUUUGCUGCAGCGGCUGAGGCUCCCGGCGGCGGCUCGAACACCUGAUUUGUCUGCCCUUCGCCUACCGGCCUCGGCUGUUCUCGGCUCGGCAAGCCCCGGCUCCUCCUCAGUCCUCUCGAUCCGUCGCAGCCCGGCCCCGGCCUCCCCUUCCGCUGCCGAAAUGAUGAUGAUGGCGUUGAGCAAGACCUUCGGGCAGAAGCCCGUCAAGUUCCAGCUGGAGGACGACGGAGAGUUCUACAUGAUCGGCUCUGAGGUGGGAAACUACCUCCGUAUGUUCCGAGGUUCUCUGUACAAGAGAUACCCCUCGCUCUGGAGGCGACUAGCCACUGUGGAAGAGCGGAAGAAAAUAGUUGCAUCGUCACAUGGUAAAAAAACAAAACCUAACACUAAGGAUCAUGGAUACACAACCCUGGCCACCAGCGUGACACUGUUAAAAGCCUCAGAGGUGGAAGAGAUUCUGGAUGGCAAUGAUGAGAAGUACAAGGCCGUCUCCAUCAGCACGGAGCCCCCCACCUACCUCAGGGAACAGAAAGCCAAGAGGAACAGCCAGUGGGUGCCCACCCUGCCCAACAGCUCCCACCAUCUGGAUGCCGUGCCCUGCUCCACGACUAUCAACAGGAACCGCAUGGGCCGGGACAAGAAGAGAACCUUCCCUCUGUGCUUUGACGACCACGACCCAGCUGUGAUCCAUGAGAAUGCAUCCCAGCCUGAGGUGCUGGUCCCCAUCCGGCUGGACAUGGAGAUCGACGGGCAGAAGCUGCGAGAUGCCUUUACUUGGAACAUGAAUGAAAAACUGAUGACUCCUGAGAUGUUUUCAGAAAUCCUCUGUGAUGACCUGGAUUUGAACCCUCUGACGUUUGUGCCAGCCAUCGCCUCUGCUAUCAGACAGCAGAUAGAGUCCUACCCCACAGAUAGCAUCUUGGAGGACCAGUCAGACCAGCGUGUCAUCAUCAAGCUGAAUAUCCACGUGGGAAACAUUUCGCUGGUGGACCAGUUUGAGUGGGACAUGUCAGAGAAGGAGAACUCUCCAGAGAAAUUUGCCCUGAAGCUAUGCUCAGAGCUGGGGCUGGGCGGGGAGUUUGUCACCACCAUCGCAUACAGCAUUCGGGGACAGCUGAGCUGGCAUCAGAAGACCUACGCCUUCAGCGAGAACCCCCUACCCACGGUGGAGAUUGCCAUCCGGAACACAGGCGAUGCUGACCAGUGGUGCCCACUGCUGGAGACUCUGACAGAUGCUGAGAUGGAAAAGAAGAUCCGCGACCAGGAUAGGAACACAAGGCGAAUGAGGCGUCUUGCCAACACUGCCCCAGCCUGGUAACCAGCCCGUCAGCGCAUGGCUCCCACGGAGCGUCGAGAAGAUCGGACUGCUUCUCCAUCAUCUUCUGGCAAGGAAGGAGGCAGAGGGGCAGGCUGGGGCCAUCCUGAGGAACAUGGGGUGUGGGGAGGGCUUCUGGUCUCCCUCCCCUGGGCACAUUCCAUUUGUUGAGCCCCAGUCCCCACCCAAGUCUCUGGUCAGAAAGAGGCCUCGUUUUGGGUUAUGUUUUGUUUUUGUAUAGGAGCCCCAGGCAGGGCUAGCAACACUUUUUAAAUAAAAGACAACAGGUCAUA